UUUAGAAACAUACGAAGAAGGGGCAUUGAAAAGUACUUUUAUUUUGGUCUGGUGACAUGACGUCAUAAGUCCGCGCCGCGCUCCUGCAUGUUUGUGAGCAAAACACUUUAGAUGUAAUUCGGCUGCACACAGAGAAAUUUCUGGUGACGCAAGUGAGAUCCAUGUUACGUACUAAAGAUGGCAUUCAUUAAGGAGGAGAGCGAAGACAUUAAAAUCGAAGAGGCAUUCAAAGUGAAACAAGAAGAUACUGAAGAACAAAUGGGUCUGAUUUCACUAAAAGAGGAAGGUCCAGAACUCAAUGGAAUGGAAGAGAAAGAUGAGAAACAUCAUGAUUUCACAAUUGAAGAAAAAUAUAUUAGUUGCUCACAGACUGAAAAUACUUCCACACAAAAAACAGCUGAAAAGACAGGAACUAGAAGUUAUUACACCUGCCAAGAGUGUGGAAAGAGUUUCAGUCAACUUAGAAACCUUGAAGCCCACAUGAGACUUCACACUGGAGAAAAACCUUUCAGCUGCCAACAGUGUGGAAAAAAAUUUACUCAAAAAGGAAGCCUUAAAGUCCACAUGAGAAUUCACACUGGAGAGAAACCUUACACAUGCCAGCAAUGUGGAAAGAGUUUUACACAUAGAGGAACCCUAAAUGCUCAUAUGAGAACUCAUCCUGGAAAAAACCCUUUCAAUUGCACAGUCUGUGGAAAGAGCUUUUCACGAAAAGAGAGUCUCAAGACUCACAUGAGAAUUCAUACUGGAGAGAGGCCGUUCGUUUGUGGUCUGUGUGGAAAGAGUUUCAGAUGUAAAAUAAGCCUCAAUUACCACAUGAGGAUUCACUCAAGAGAGAACAAUUUCAAAUGUCAUCAGUGUGGAAUGAGUUUCACAGAUAAGAAUCACCUUAAGAAUCACGUAAUAACUCACGUCGGAGGAAAGCCUUUCAUGUGCCAUCACUGUGGAAAGAAUUGUUCAAACAAAACAAGCCUUGAGGUUCACACAAGGGUUCAUACUGGAGAGAGGCCUUUCACCUGCCCUCAGUGUGGGAAGAGUUUCACAGUUAAAGGAAACCUUCAGACUCACAUAAGGGUUCACACUGGAGAGAAACCCUUCACGUGUCAUCAGUGUGAAAAGAGAUUCACAUAUCAAAAGGACCUGAAACGUCACAUGCAAACUCAUUCUGGGAAGAAACUGCAGAAUUCUGAGUGUGACAAGAGGUUAAAUUUUAGCAAUUUUAAAAAUUACCUGCACAUUCACUCUGGAGAAAGGCAAUUUAAGUGUGAUCUGUGUAAUAAGAACUUUCUUUUGCCAUCACACUUAAAGAUACACAUGAAAAGUCAUGCAUUUGUGAGACCCUAUUUUUGUUCUUUGUGUGGAAAGGGUUUUAAAUGGCUCGGCAGUUUGAAAUGGCACCAGAAAAUAUGCAUCUGUGCAAAGUUAAUUUUGAUUGUAUAGAGGCAUUGUUUACAAUUUGUAUUCAUUUAAAUACCUCAGAAGCAAAAUACUAGAUAAACUGCUAUUUUGCUGCAAAAUGCCACAAUGUAAGUAAAAUUUUUUAAUAAAAGGCGAGACACUUGAAAAUUUGUUGUCCAGGAAUUAGAAAUACUCUUAGUAGUAGGGGAAUAGAUUAUGAAAAUCUUAUUAGGCUGAAAAGUGACUGUGCUUUUUAAUAUUAUUAAAUGCUUUCAGAAACCGUUUGACAAUAUUAAUGUUCAUAUUCAAUUUAUCCACCUUAUUUUGCAACAUGGAAGUAAGCUAUUUUUCUUUGAAUGUGUGCGACUUCUGAUUCAUUAGCAGCUAACGGUAAAUAACAAGAAAAAUUAAAAAGUGCAGUAAAACUAUUUGUGCUACCAAUCCAUGAGUUUCUGAUUACGAUAAUAAUAUAAGAUAAUAUAAUAGCAAAUGCCAGUUUGCAAUAUCAAGCAGCAUAACGGACUGUUUCUCUACAGUGGAACUAAAUGUAAGCGAAUGACACCGGAAUCCUUGCACGUUCAAUUUACAAAUGGCCUUGCCCGCUCCUACGUUAAAAGUAAGGUGGAUAUAUAAGUUAUAUGUGGGAAUGACACUCCCACUUUUUUUUUUUUUUUUUUUGAGAAAAGGACAAUUGGAAAUCAUAUUAUUCAAAUAAUAUGCACACCAAACCACGCAUUAAAAGUGGCAUCAAGGUGCAGUAAGUGUUGCAUUUAGGAAUUGUCUAUCCUCUUGAGCUAUCUAGCAGCUCUAUCCUCUUCAAUACAUACAAUUUAAUAUUUUUGUGACUCAAAUAAGUGUGCGAGAAGACAUUUUCUAGUGGUAGCAUCAUCCUAGAUUUGUUUCUCAGAUCUGGUGUCUCCAUGAAGGAGCUUCCGUAGGAGAUCCUGAUAGAGAAUGUCUGCCUUCCCAGACUGAAGGCAGCGUGUGACAACCCUGGAAUGCCCCAUAAAUAUGAAAAGUUGAAAUUGGGUUGGGUUAACACAUUCCUUGGGGCCCCAGUUAUAUGCCAGUUAUAUAUAAUCAACUGGUAAAUCGAAAGAACCCCUACUGUAAAGACUAAAGGCAAGUCAACUUCGCCUCUAUAUGCUCAGCUUUGCUUACAUAGGCAGACUCAUCAUCGUCCUGGACGAGGUCAAUGACUGUAGUGUCGUCUGCAAACUUCAGGAGCUUGAAAGAGGGGCCUUUUGCAGUGCAGUCAUUCGUGUAGAGGGAGAAGAGUAGUGGGGAGAGAACACAUCCCUGGGGGGAUCGAACAGGUGCUUAUCGUACAGGUGUUGGAAAUUAAUUUUCUUAGCCUCACCUAGCUGUUGUCUGUUUGUCAGCAAGUUGAUGAUCCACUAACAGAUGGAGAUGGUUACAGAAAGCGGAGUUAGUUUGGUUAUGAGGAUCUCUAAGGUGAUGGUGUUGAAGGCCAAGUCCACAAACAGGAUCCCUGGUUUGUCCAGAUUUUGCAGGAUGUAAUGCAAUCCUAUGUUGACUGCAUCAUCCAUGCACCUGUUUGCCUGAGAAGCAAACUGAAGAGGGUCUAGUAAGGGUCCAGUGAUGUCUUUCAAGUGGGCCAAUACUUGUUUUUCAGAUGACUUCACGACCACAGAUGAUGGUGGAACACUUAUCUUCUGUUUUAUGAAGACUCGGCAUACAUCAUCCUCAGAUCAUAAGUGUAGGUUGAAAAGUAGUAUG